AUUGGCUUUCUUUAUGCGAAAUCACGGUUCGUCCUAUUUAUUGCUACCUUUUGUACAGGCAUAUUGGAUUCUUUCAAAAUGCGCUUAACGUGUUUAAAUAUGAAAAACAUUUAGUCUAUUUCUUAAAAAUGGUAAAAGGAAACGAACAAGCUUCAGAAAUAUUACGGAGGAGGUACUACAAGACAAAGCGACGGUACGUGGUGUUCGCUGGCUCUGUGCUGAUCCAGUUUAUUGGUGUCGCCAUGCCGUCCGCCAUGCUGGGAAUCGUCUACGUAGACAUGACUAGAGAGUUCCGGGCCGAGGCCUCACAAGCCGCCUUAAUGCUGUCACUGUUCAGGGGCAUCGCCUUUGGAGGAGGUGUGUUUGGUGAGAUGGUGAUUCGACGAGUGGGGGAUUUUCCCUGUAUGAUUGGGGGAGCUCUCGGGGGAAGCCUCACCCUCCUAGCCUCAGCCUUCGCUCCAAACAUGGUCACCAUUGUCGUUCUGAUUGGUGUUGGUACAGGAUGCGGCUGUGUGUUACCUACGCUUCUUUCCUACGUGUAUAUCAGUCGGGCCUUUCCACCCAAAACCGCACCUAAAUAUCUGACCACGAUGACGUUGGGGGCAGGGAUAGGGUUCAUGGUAACUCCCUACAUUACGGAGGUUUUGUUGUCUCAUUUCGGCUGGAGGGGGACUCUAAUGAUGGCGAGCGGAAUGUUCCUUCAGCUGGUUCUGAUUGGAAUGGUAAUACAGGUCAAUUUACCUCCACCAUCUGAGUUGCAAAAGUCCAGGGAUUUCAAAUGGACCGAUGUAGUCGAAAUCCUAAAGAACAGAUCAUACCUGACUUAUAUAACGAACAUGCUAUUUUUUGGAUUGUUUGGAGCUGUUGAAAUAUGGUUUUUGCCAGAUUUUCUAGUUUCAAACAACUACACAAUUCAAGAUGCUGCUCUUGUGCUUACACUUAGUGGGUUCGCCAACGUCAGUGGUAGGCUAAUCGCGGGAAUUUUCGAAUCGUGUUUUAGCCGGACAAAGAUUUUAUACCAUUGGACCUACAUCUUCAUGACUCAAGCUCUGGGUCACGCAGUUUUCCCGACCUUUGUCCAGUUUUACCCCGUUCUCUGUGGGUCCUCUUUAAUCUACGGAGUCUCUUUUGGUCUUAUCGUGUCUCAGAGUGUUCCGGUGGUGGUCCAGGCCUUACCCCAGAGGCUAAACUCCAUAGGAAUAGCGAUGGAGUUCACAGUCUACGGGUUAUCUACAGUUCUUGGGGGCUUUGUCUGCGGAGUGAUCCGUGACGUCACAGGAGGAUUUGAGGGAGUGGAUCACUACGACCGAUCCUACAAACCAUAUGUGGUGUUUGUGUGUUCCACUCUGAUCAUCUUCAUCAUAAUCAUGCCGUCUUCACUACUAGGGAUUAUCUACGUAGAAAUCAUGAGAGAAUUCCAAUCGAGUGCCUCCGAGGCGGCCCUGAUGCAAUCUCUGUUCCGGGGAAUUUCUUUCGGAGGAGGUGCGUUUGGUGGAGUGGUGAUCCGGUGGGCGGGGGAGUUUCCGUGCAUGAUGGUGGGCUCUAUAGUCGGAUGCCUUUGUUUCGGCGCUGCUGCUUUCGCUGAAAAUUUGAUCACAGUUGUUCUUUUGAUUGGAGUCGGUGCAGGUAGCGCCUUUGUGUUCUCUUUACUGUUGAGUUUUACCAACAUCGGACAUGCGUUCCCUGCAUCAACCGCGUCAAAGUUCAUGAGCUUUAUAACGAUGGGUGGAGGUCUGGCAAUGAUAGUGACCCCAUAUAUAACCAAUCUCCUGAUCGGCCAUUUUGGUUGGAGGGGGGCUUUCUUGAUGUUCUCUGGAUUUUUCUUUCAUCUUGUUCCUCUUGGGGUGGUGGUUAAGCUGAACUUUCCCCCAGCAGACGAGAAGCGGAAUGAAUCAAAGAAGUUCCAGUGCAGCGAUCAAACGGCAGUCUUCAAAUACGGGGGCUUCGUCGUUAUUUCGAUGCAAAUGGUACUCUACGGAAUGUUUGGUUACGUUGAGCCCUGGUUUCUCCCCGACUACUUGCUCAGCAAAGGCUACACUAAAGAUGACGCCGCUCUCUUGCUGACCCUCAUAGGAGUUGCCAGUUUGGUUGGGCGAGUUCUCGCGGGAUUGCUUGAUCCUUUUUUUCGCCGAACAAAGAUAAUAUACCACUGGAGUUACAUGUUUGUGGUGGUUGCCUUGGGUCACGCGGCCUUCCCCUUCUUUGUGUCUGUGUACCCCGUCCUGGUGGUAGCCUCGGUGGUGUUCGGUCUACAGUUUGGCCUGUUCAUCUCCCAGAUGAGCCCAAUAACAUACCAGACGCUACCCUGGAAUCUCUACCCCACAGGAAUCGCCACCGUGUUCACUCUGUAUGGAGGAUUCGCCGUAGUAGGGGGUUACAUCUGUGGAUAUAUUUGUGACGUCACAGGCAAAUAUGAUUACGUGUUCUACGUAUCAUCUCUUGCGUCAAUGGUUUGUGGGUUUGGGAGCAUUCUACUCUACGCUGUGGAUAAAGCGAGACACAAGGAUGGCGAUUCACCACUGGACAAGACCAUAGAAAUAUCUGUGAUUACUAAACCUUAA